CGGUGCGCAUAGCGGGAUAAAGCUACACUGUAUUUCAUCCACAAAACAACGAGGAAAAAGGGGCGCGCAUCCCACCAUUUCCAGACUUAUAGCAACUUCACCGGCCUGGUGAGCGGAUCUCUCCGGCUGGCCGUGGCUGCACACCGGGAGAACGGGGGAACUUGAGGAACUAAAACGCGGACGGUGCCAGCAGGUUAUCUGUUAGGUGCUGUGUUAAUUUCACAGACGGAAGAAAAAGGCGACAUUUCCCCCCAGGAGGAACUCUCCAAGUGUUGGAAACUUCCCAGCGCAGCAUCGAUCGAGGACCUCCCGCCCACUUUACCUCUGAUCCACAAUCCUGGAAGGAGGGAGAGAGUUCUGCAGCCGCUGCAGUGGAUGGAGCAACAAAGGCUAGAUGUUUAAACUAGAAGAGCUGCUUUGAGAACUCUCCUUCUCUCCUCGAUCGCCUGCUGUUUCCUAAAAGACUCCAUCACCCAAAUCCGCAGCCGCUUGGAUCUCAUUUUUCGGGGACCCCGGCCAGGUUCUACUUAGUGCAAACUCCCCGCCAGCCAAAGGAAUCGCCGCAGACGUGAAAUUGAUGCUUUGCUACGGAGAAGUGCAACACCGAUCCUCUAGUUUUGCGAAAGUCUCAGUGAGGGAGGUGGACUAGUUCGGGCCGAAGUGGGAUUUGCAGAAGUUGCAUGCUUGGUCUUUGUCGUCUCGAGUGAGCCCCGUUCAUCCACCCUCAGGUUAUCAGACGAGAUCCGGAUAGUUGUGAGGUGCCAUGGCGAUGUGUGUGGGGAUAUGGAUACUCCUGCUAGCGCUGCACGUCCAAGCUGGCAACGGGCAGAUGGUGCAGAUGGACUCCAGUAAGUCUGGCUACGUGGGUUCGCAAGUGGAACUGCGCUGCAUUUUCAUCAACAGUAAUCCGCCAGUCAAGAUCUCUCAAGUCACCUGGCAGAAGCUCCUCAACGGCACCAAGCAGAACGUGGCCAUAGCCAACCCGGCCCUCGGCGUGUCCGUCUUGCCGCCCUUCAAGGAGAGGGUGAGCUUCAAGCAGGCGGCGGUGCGUCAUCGCACGCCCUCGCUGGAGGACACCACCAUCGUCUUCUCCAGCCUGCAGCUGUCUGAUGAAGCUGCGUACAUCUGCGAGUACACCACGUUUCCUGCAGGAAACCGGGAGAACAUGGUCAACCUCACUGUAUUUGCUCGGCCUAUGACACGUAUGACCCUGACGACGCCCACCAUCGUAGCCAGAGCCACGAAACGCAAGAUGACCGUCGCCACGUGUGUGUCGGCUAACGGGAAGCCCCCGAGCGUGAUCAAGUGGGAAACCAGGUUGAAGGGCGAAGCCACUUUCCAGGAGACUCGCAACCAAAACGGGACGGUGACGGUACGGAGCAACUACGUGGUGGUGCCGAGCCGCGAGACCCACAAACAGAGACUCACGUGUAUCGUCACGUACCGGAAUGAAAAUAUCAAAGACAGCGUCGUGCUCAACGUGCAGUACGAACCUGACGUGAAAAUCGAGGGCUUUGAUGGAAACUGGUACCUGAACCGUCCGAAUGUUCAGCUGACCUGCAGGGCUGACGCUAACCCCCCUGUCACCAUCUACCAGUGGAAACUCUUGAACGGAUCCCUGCCCACUAAUGUGGAGAUCAAGAACAACACCCUUUUCUUCAAGGGACCGGUGACCUACGACCUGGCAGGCACGUACGUGUGUGACGCCACCAACGGCAUCGGGACUCGUACUGGCAGCGUGGACGUCAACAUCACAGAAUUCCCUAACAACCCGCCAACUUGGAACAACCCUGACACCGGGCCGGACCAGCACAAUGCAGGUGCCGCCAUCGGGGGCGCUGUGGGGGGAGUGGCCCUGUUGGGCGUGGCGGCCAUACUGCUCUUCGUAUUCCUGCGCCGCCGCCAGCGCACCUUCAAAGGAGACUACAGCACCAAGAAACACGUGUUCGGUAACGGCUACAGUAAGGCCGGCGGCCUGCCCGCGCACCCUCCCAUGCCCAAGAACCUUCAGUACCCCGACGACUCGGACGACGAGAAGAAACCCGCCCAGAUCGGCGGCCCCGGAGGGUUUGAGGCGAGCGAGCGUGAUUUUGACGCAGAGCAAGAGGACCUGAAGAGGCCCUAUUUCACUGUGGACGAAGGAGAGAGUCGAGAUUAUGACGAGCGGACUCUGGCCUUCCAGUAUGACCCUGAACCUGAAAUAGCCGAUGAUAUGAUCUCUCAAACCGACGGCUCUGUCAUUUCUAAGAAAGAGUGGUAUGUGUAGUGGCAUGCAACAACCAAACCAAACCCUUUGUCCCCCACCUGCAUUCCACUGCACCCUUCACCUCCAUCACAGCCCCGCCCUCCCAUUCGUCACAGUCCCGCUCCUCUUUUGGUCCACCUAGUACCCCCUCCCCCCUGACUCCCGCCACAUCAGACCCCAUCCUACUAAUCUCAAUUAGAAAACAAGCGUCUAUUUAAAGUGCUAGCAACAUCAACUUCUCAACAUGACAGCAUUGGUAUCAGUUCCAUCAGGUGAAUGGGCAAAGAAUACAAACUAAGGUAUGUAAAUGGACUCGGUGACGUGCGAGUCCAGGGAGGUGAUUGGUUGAUCAAUACUGGUGUAAUAUUCUUUUUUUUUGUGUGUAUUUUUUCAUGUUAUAAAUGUAUUAAAUGUGUAAAAAGAGACUGCAGGUUGAGGUUUUGCUGAGCACAUUUGUGAAAGUCCUACACUGGAUGUGCGAUUUUGUUUUUGUUUUUUAUUACCAUUGCCGUUUUGUUAUUUUUAUAAUGUCUUUUUGUAUGAUUUUUAAGUGACCAGAGAAAUGAGAGUUAAAUGUUUGACAUAAUUACAGGUGGAGUUCUAAGUGUUUGUAAUUUUGUGGUCAAAUGUUUCAGAGAAAGAAAAAAAAAAAAAAAAAAACGCCAUACAGCAUAAUUUCUCCUGUUUCUCACUGGGGUUAGCGUCCCUGACAUUACAAAUUUUUGUAUAUUUACAGCAUCAAAAAGCAGAUGUGUUAUUGCUGUUUUUCCAAAGACAUGCUUAGUAUUUCUUGACCCCCCCCCCCCCCCUCCCCUUGUGUUUAUAGGCUUGGAUUAUUUCUUUACUGAGAGGGAGUCGGUCUACUGAACCAUGUGGCAGAUAAAUAUUGUGUUUUCAAUUUUUCCUAAAUUUCAAUCAUGUUAAAUUACAUGUUGUUUCCACAUCGGUAAAUCAGAAUAACAGGGGAGAGAAGGGCUGCAACAAUUUCUACUUUUCAGUGGUGCAUCACAAUCACGUCCAAAAGAGGUUUGGUGAGUCUCGUUGUCCGCAGAAACCUUCAAAAAUGCUCUGAAAUGUCAUGAUUGUCACUUGACUUGAACAGGUUGGCCUGUGAACACGAGCUCUCAGUCUUACCACUAUAAUGAAAUGUCUGUUUUUUUGUAUUGAGUUGUCAUAAUUAUGCUUUGUUCUAACCCUUCUUUUAUCAAAUGGAUGUCAGAGAAAAGUGUCUGGGAGUUUCCCAAUAAUGACUCUGUCUCUCCUUAUAAUUGUGUGACUGUGUACUGAAAAAUUGGCUUAAGCCUCCCCCGCUUCCACCAACAGCGCUUUCUAUGAGGAGUCAUCCAUGGACACAAAGGACACGGAUAGGAGGGAAAUGUCAACAGAUGCUUUUAUUUGUGUCUUGGGAGAAAACAUUUGAACAUGUAAAGGGAAAUUGAAAAUAUAAUGGUGGCCAUGCUGGAGUAAUACUAAGUCACCUGCUGCUUUCAUGAUGUUUUUUUCCAUUUCUUCGUCUUUCUAUAAUGAAUUUCAGUGGCUGUUUGGGGGAUUUUAAAGGAAUGAAUGGUUGUCCUUCUCUUAAUGUUGGCAUCUUAAUCUGCCAAUAGGGCUGUCAGAAGGCAUUAUACAUAACUGGCUUUUCAAAUCACUGUUAAUAAGUGCCAGUGGAUGCUAGCUUAGCAAACGACUUGUUUCUUCUCCAUUCCACAAUCAGUAAAAUGCAUUUGCUCCAAACGAGAAAAAAAAAGUUCAAUGUGAAAUAUCAGAUAAAACAGUAAAUCGGUGGAUUAUAUUACGACACAUCUGACUGGCUCUGAACAAUAUAAAUACUAUAUUAAGCCUUAUUUUAUGCAUGUUUUUUUGUGUUGGAGUGAAUGUGCGUACGUUGCUAUUUUUUCUGUAUCAAUUCCAGUGCGUUUGUCCUCAUUUGCAGCUCAAAAGGCGACACUUUGUCAGUGUUGUCAGUAUUGACAGAGGUAUGAGUUUAUGGGCACACAGUACCCAGGAUCAAUAUUGCAUUUAACACUCAAAAAAGUAUAUAAAUAUAUAUAUAAAUAAAGAUGAAAAAAUAGCAUCUCUGUGAGAGCAGAUCUCUCUGUCGGCCGGAGAUGUGAAUGUUUUACAGUCCAUGCUUGUCUACUGUAUGUUUUUAGAUGAGCAUGUUAAUCAUGAGCCUCAAUUUAUAUUGUAUUUUCAACACAAAUUAACAUAAAAAGUGGGAAAUAUCAUGUUUUUAUUAAAAGUCUGUUGCUUUCAGUUCAGUUUCAUUUCCUGUUGAUUUCAGUUGGGUUUCAUUUCCUACAGCCUUAUUUCUGUUUCAGUUCAGUGUAUCUUCUACAGUUUGAGAACAUACAUGAGGUUUGCAACAGAAAGUUUCAGAGCAAGAAAAGCAAAGGACGGUCGUGGGGUUGCUACUUUUAAAGUGCAAAAGCAAAUAAAUAUUUUAUUGCCUUUAGUUUGUUGUUCACCUGCAGGUGAGCUGCUUCGCUGUAACUUUUAGAUUCCACAUCGUUUGCAUAUCACAGCGUAAAAGAGACGGAGAACGUUUUUAUCUUUUCUUCUCGCAUUCAGUGCCUAUCAAAGUCAGGAGACGUGAGGUAGUCUGAACAGUUGCUGCUCUAUCAUUUAAGUUAUUCAUGCCGUAGAAUAACAUAAUGAGUAAUAUUGAAAUAUGACAUGGACUGCAACCUCUUGAAAACAAAUGAUGGUUCUAUACUUGCAGUUGUAAUCAGUGUAGUGGGGAUGUUAUUCCACCCGAGCCCCGGCACAAUGCUAACAAUGUGUCUGUACUUGAUCUUUAAAUCAAUUGAUCUCUUAAAAAAGCUGCAUUCAUUACCAUUUUAAACUUUAAUGAUGGCUUAAUGGUGACACAGCACUUUUUUCCAGUCAAUACUGCAUAGUUUGUCCUGAAGCGAUCAAACUUUUGUCGCACAUCGCUGACUUUUCUAAGCACAACAAUUGAAAUGUAGUGAAAAGAGAUUUAAAUUAAAAGAAAAAAAAAUGCAACUUUUGGCCCAAAGCAAAGAUCAAGUCCACCCCCUUUUUAAAGCACAACUAAGGUUUCAUUUCCCUUUUUUUUCCUGCAUCCAUAAUGAAACCACUGCCACACUUGCUUCUCAGACAUGUCAGAGAAAGAAAACCUUUCAGAUUGGAGUGGACAUUCUGUGUACUGGUAGAUGUGAACAUUGUCUUCAUGUUGUCGGGGUGUUAUGAGUUCCUAUUUUGUAAUACUAACUGUAACUUCAUUCCAUCCUAAUCUACUUUUUUGUAUUCAGUAUGUUCAACAUUCCACUGUAAAUACUGUACAUACGGUUGAGAUUAUAGUUGGGAUUUAUUUAGGGACAACUGCGUAGGGACCCUGUUCAUGUAAAAUAUACCUAUUUUGACUGCAAACAUAGAGACUCGAUGAUGGGUAGAUGAAGUCGAUGCAUAGCUUAUUUCCAAAGUCCCACCUAGAAAUGCUCCUCCGGUACGUUUUUGAUAUGCCACUAGCGGCUUCACUGUCAUACAAAGGGGUGACGCAUACAGUUUGUCGAUUUAAUGUUAUAGAAAGAAAAUCAAAAGAGAGAAACUGUCUGUAUGCAGCCAUGUGAAUGUAUAUUUCUGAGGGUGUUACAAAUAUGAAAAAAAUCUCUUGUUCAAUUGUGAUGACACAGUGAAGUAACUUGUAUUUGUUUUAAGCAUUAAAUGAGUUCAAUAGUCAACAAUGUUCUGUCCCAGUUCACUGAUUGGAUAGAUGGGUGUUAUCUGACUGAAUAUGCUUCACGUCUGCAACACUUUUCUUAUCCCUGUGUAUUGAUUUUGGUAAUUGCAGCCCUCUCCCAAUAGCUUUGAUUAGUAAUGUAUCCAUGUCGCCUCAUGCAGGUGCUUAUUUGGAUUUAUUUUCCAGCUCCACCACUUCCUGUGAGCCUCAAGACAUUAAAAGGUUUGGCCUGCAAAUGAACUGUCCUUGCAGUUUAACAAUUAUAGACCUUGUGAGGACAGUAUUUAGAUCCAGAUGUUGCUCUGCUCCUAUCCAGCCAUUAGACAGAACCGCUGCAGCACCCAAUAUUAAGCUCUCCGGUGCCGUUCCAGUUUUCAGAAUUAUAAGGAGACAUCGGCAGCUGCAGGAUGGAUAUCUCUUUGGAUUUAUGCAUGCACACUUCCCUCCAUUGUUCACUCUAAUUUUCAUGCUUGAGCAUGAGAGGAAUCUGAUGAGAAAAAUUAAUCAGACAUGGUCAGAAAAUGUCCUCUUAUCAGACACAGUAUGUAUCUUUAAGGUGUGGAAGGUAUAUAACCACCUUUAUUCAUAAAAAAUGCUUCCAUCACUGAGACAAGUCCAUUAAAAACAUAAAAAAAAAAAAAAAAGGAUACACUUCAGAUACUGAUCAUUUUCUGUGAGGCUAACACAAGAUAGAUAAAGAGAUGAACACCGUAUAUAACAAGGAUCUACUAUGGCUAUUACUGUACCUUUCAGUGUUUUUCCCCUUUAAUUGGAGAGCAAAAACUGUCAGGCAGAUGUUGGUAUUGAGUUCAGUGCUUAAUGAAGCUACAGUGAUAUGAUGAGAGAGGCCCAGUGUAGAGCCAGACAGAUCUGUCUCAGACUGUGGGACUCAAGUGCAGACAUCUGCACCGUGCACAUUAAGAACAGCCCAGAGUUUGCAGCUGUUGCCAUCCAUUUGCUAAAAGAGCCCUUUGUAGCCCAAGGGGCUUUGAUGGCACAUAGGCUUUUAACAUGCAUGGCCAUCAGUUUUUCCCCCUCCUAACAGAGUCGCGAGUGGAAUUCUACAACAUUUCCUCCAUCAAAGUGCUCUUAGGAUGAAAUAUGGCUGGAUUUUUGUUUUAAAAUAUGUUCCUCAUGGGCCGUAAAUUCAAAAGCGAGUUUGUCGAAGCACCUCGUGUGAUGCCACACCAUUCAACACAGUGUAAAAUCAGAGAAUACAAACUACAUCCGCGCAGAAUUAAAGACUACAAUCACUGUGAAAAUGAAAGACGAUCUGACUGUGCUUGCCAUGAUUUUUUUUUUAUUAUGUUUUUGGCUCAUAAUUCUUAUAUUUUAUGGUGCUAAUAAGUUCAGAUGAGCAUUGUAUUUUGAAUAAGUCUCCAAUAAUCACAAUGCAGCCCCAUGAGUUGAUGAGUUUCUUACCUUUUUUCUUGUGAAUCACAUUCUCGCAAUUGAAAGUUUCUUGUAGGAGUCAGUUUUUAUAGACCACAAUUACUUACUAAUGUCUGGAUUGGUAGCUUGCGUUGGAAGAAACUCUUUGCUUCUGUGAAUUGUUGAGCUGUCGAUAAGCUGAGAAUUGGAAAAAUGUAUCAAUUCAAAUGGCUUCAGGCAAGCACACAGACAGCCAAUACCACAAGUCAUUAAACUACAGCUAUAAAACGGUUAAUGAACAUGCUGUAUAUGCAUGAGCAAUUCAUUGGGCUGGAUGCAGGAGGAGAGUUUUACUCAUUGAUCAGCGAGGUGGCUGUGGCUGCACUAGUUUGUAGCUUUCAGGCCACUUUGUAUACAGAUCCACAUGCUGAUAUAAAAGACGGGAAAAUAUAUAAUUUUUGGUGUUGCAAUUUCCGAUCUAUAUUCAGUGGACUCUCCUGUGUAAAUGACAUUAUGAAAUGUUCUCUCAAUAAGUAUUGUUGUUGUCAAAAGAGACCCAGCAACCUAACCUGUGUCACAGCCUGCAGAAAACUAAAAAAUGCUUCUUUUAUUUUGGUCCCCAUGGUAUGUUUAUGCAUAGUUCUUUCUAAUACCUUCAACAGAUUGUACAUGGCUUCUAGAAAUAUUUUUAUUUGUUUGUUUUUGCUCUUGUUUUCUAUCUGUUUCAGUGUGUACAGUUUAAGGUCACAUGAGGUUGUCCAUAAUAAAAAUGUGUUACUGUAAA